CUCUGACAGUAAAACAGACCACAUAGUACGUCUGGAAUAGCACUGCUCGGUCUCCUUGGUCAUCUGACAUUCUUUUUCAGCAGAGUGACGUGUAGGAUGCCCCCUACACCUCCCCACAACUUCUCCUGGGUGGAACCUGGGCUGUUGGCUGGCAUGGCUAUGCCUCGACUCCCUGCCCACUACGAGUAUUUAUACCAGAAUGGUAUACGGCACCUGAUAACACUGACAGAGCACAAACCGCCGUAUCAUGACACUUGUCCUGGCAUCACUCUGCAUCGUAUUCGCAUCGUGGACUUCUGCCCACCGAGUUUGGACCAGAUCAAGAGCUUCCUCAAAAUCGUAGAAGAUGCAAACGCUAAGAAAGAGGUACCAUGGUCAAUCUAGGCCUAACUGUUCUGGUGCAUGUACAUUGGAUUACACUUGUAUCAGGCCAUGUAAUCAAUGCACUUGUGAAAUGUGUUUGAACAAAAAUCACUUAUUUGUGUAACAUAUUAAACACUUUCAAUAAAAGAAAGUUCUUAAAAGAAAACAAAGGGCUAAGUUAAAGUUACACUGUAGGCAGCUGACCACUUCAGCUUAUUGAGGUGGUCUGGGUGCAAUGUCCCAUGUCCCUUAACCCUACAGUGGUAACUAUUGCAGUUUCUGAGAAACAGCAAUAAUUACCUGAGGGUAAACUCAUCCUCUAGUGGCUGUCUACCAGACAGCCACUAGAGGGACUUCCGGAAUCCAAACCUUUGGUCCGUUAUCUGACGCUGGACGUCCUCACACUCUGUAUGAGAACCUCCAGCGUCAGUUUUUUCCUAUAGGAAAGCAUUAAAAAUGCUUUCCUAUGGGGAAAUCGUAAUGCGAGCGCGGCCAUUGCCGCGCAUGUGCAUUAGGUCUCCCCUACCAGCUGACGACGGCGGGCGAGGAGCGUAGACGGAGCCUUACCCAGCGCCGAGAUACAACGGCACUGGCUUCAGGUAAGUGGCUGAAGGGAUUUUAACCCCUUCAGCCAUGCGGGAGGGGGGGAUUCUACAGUGCCAGGAAAACAAGUUGUAGAACGAGAGUAAAAAAUAAAAAAUUACCAUAAAUUGUAAGUUGUGGAAAAACUCUACCACCCAGCUCCUCCAUGUGUCUCAUCCCCACCUCCACUUCUCCAUUUGUCUCAUUCCCCCCCCCACUCCUCUAUGUGUCUCACCUUCCACCAGCCCCUCCACGUGUCUCAUUCUCCCCCCAACCCCUGCAUAUGUCUCAUUCUUCUUCCACUAGCCCCUCCAUGUGUCUCAUUCCACCCCUAGCCCCUCCAUGUGUCUCAUUCUCCUCCUCCCAGCCCCUCCAUGUGUCUCAUUCUCUUCCCACCAACCCCUCCAUGUGUCUCAUACUCCUUCCCCUAGCCCCUCCUUGUGUCUCAUACUCCUUCCCCUAGCCCCUCCUUGUGUCUCUUUCUCCUUCCCCCAGCCCCUCCUUGUGUCUCAUACUCCUUCCCCUAGCCCCUCCUUGUGUCUCAUACUCCUUCCCCUAGCCCCUCCAUGUGUCUCAUUCUCCUCCCCCAGCCCAUCAUGUGUCUCAUUCUCCUCCCCAGCCCUCCUUGUGUCUCGCUCCUUCCCCCCAGCCUCCAUGUGUCUCAUUCUCCUCCCCCAGCCCAUGCAUGUGUCUCAUUCUCCACUCCCCCAGCCGCCAUGUGUCUCAUUCUCCUCCCCAGCCCCUCCAUGUGUCUGUUCCUCCCAGCCCAUCAUGUGUCUCAUUCUCCUCCCCAGCCCCUCCAUGUGGUCUCUUCUCCUCCCCCCAGCCCCCUCCUUGUGUCUCGUUCUCCUCCCCAGCCGCCAUGGUGUCUCAUUCUCCUCCCCAGCCCCUCAAUGUGUCUCAUUCUCCUCCCCAGCCCCUCCAUGUGUCUCAUUCUCUCCUCCCCCAGCCCCCUCAAUGUGUCUCAUUCCUCCUCCCCCAAACCCCUCCAUGUGUCUCAUUCUCCUCCCCCCCAGCCCUCCUUGUGUCUCAUGCUCCUUCCCCCAGCCCCCCUCCAUGUGUCUCAUUCUCCUCCCCCAGCCCGCCAUGUGUCUCAUUCUCCUCCCCAGCCCGCCAUGUGUCUCAUUCUCCUCCCCCCACCCAUCAUGUGUCUCCUCCCCCCAGCCCCGCCAUGUGUCUCAUUCUACCCCCGCUCAGCUCCUCUAUAUGUCAUACCCCCUACUUCUCCAUGUGUCUCAUUCUACGCUCCAGCCGCUCCAUGUGUCUCAUCCACAUAUCUUUUCUUACAUUCAGACUUUACACACAUAAAAAAAUUACCCUAAAAACUAAAGUUAACGCCAAACCAAAGAACAAAACAAACACGACUAUGGGACUUGUAGGAUAAAGCUGUCUGACUACAAUAUGUUUGAAAUACACAAUGAAAUGUUAAUCCCUUCUUUUCUUUUCCAGGGAGUCGCUGUCCAUUGCAUGCAUGGGUUCGGAAGGACUGGCACUAUGCUGGCGUGCUAUCUGGUUAAAACUAGGAAGAUUACUGGGGUCGAUGCCAUCAAUGAGAUUAGGAAGAUCCGGCGAGGGUCUAUAGAAACAACAGAACAGGAGAAAUCCAUUAUACAGUUCCACCACCACAUAAAAUGAUGGGGGGCGGGAUUAACGAGGACUAGACAAUGUUCCAGCUUCACAGGACUGAGUUAAUCUGGACUUUCCACCCGCCGUUUGUUGUAUUUUCAUAAAACCAUUAUUUUCGUGAACUGAAGUAAAAUGAUUUUCGGGGCCAAAUAUUAAAUUUGGAUGGUCAUCAACUCUGUUGGGUUUCCAUAACUGCAAACAUAAUCUACUGUCUUGAGAAGAUGUUUUGUGGUUAUUUUUCAUCUUCUUCGGGAUCACUUCAGCAUAAAAACAAAAUUGUAAUGGGGGCAAUAUGGCACUUGACUUAUGUGGCGGUAUACGUAUCUCUACCUUAAAGGAAAACAGUCAUCGUUUUUAUUAUUGUUUUAGUAGUUGUAUUAUUGUUUUGUGGUGUGGCCAACUCUAAAUCCUCUUCAGUCAGAAGCACUAUGUAUUAGAUAAAGGAAUACUAAAGCCAUCCAUGCCACUUUAUCUCAAUUAAGUGGUCUGGGUGCAGUAGUCCUUUUAACCUUGCAAGGUAAGACAUAGAUUUGUAGAGACUGCAAUGUGUAUGUUGCAGUGUUAAACAUACCUCUAGUCGCUAAGUAAAAUCCACCUGUUAAACCCUAGCAGGGGGUGGUGGACACCAACACUUACAUAUAGUUAAACUAUAGUGUUGGGAAUACAUAUUUGUAUCUCUAAUGCUAUAGCAGCAGUGGAACCACAGUGGUGCGACCAGGCCCUCUGCAUUCUGCCUGUCACAGGGGCCCAGGAGCAGGGCGUUUAACCACCUUAGCACCCCCCAUCCUGGAGGUGGGCAAUUAGGCACUAAGCUAAAGCAGGCACCUGCUUAACUGGACAUCACGUGCCUACUCUGCCGAUAUACAGUGUCUAGGAAGGAGAAUGGGGGAGGCAGCGAGGGAGCACUGAUGUGCCUGCUCUUCCUCACUGCUCCCUUGUUUGCUUUGCGGUGAUGCCGGGAUAUGACCUGAUUCUGGCACUAGCAUCACUAUACAGAGCGCAAGGGAACAGCAUGAAGAUUGAGGGCGCAAACCAGCUAUCCAAAAGGUCGAAAGUCUGGAUGGG